AUGCCACUUGGAAAAUUCUCAAGAGCUGUUAUACUCAGUGAUUCCCGAGCUGCUCUGCUGGCUAUUGUUUCAGAUAAAAAUUCCAUAUCACAGGACAUAUUGGAUUGUCAACUUUAUCUACAAAACCUGGCUUCACUUGAGAAAACUGUUCUCCAGUGCGUUCCUGCCCAUUGUGGGAUUACACAUAAUGAGAAAGCCGACUUCUUGGCAAAAAAGGGUGCUUUAGUCAUGCAGAAUACUUUUCAUCCUUUGCCUUUACAUACUGUUAGGGACCUUAUUAAAAGAUCUAUCAAAGUACGUGCUCAGAAAGAUCUCUAUCAUCGUGUUUCUCAUAAGUCUUGGAAGAAUGCCAUCCCAAAUUUGUAUAAUGGCCCAAGGCGUAGAGCAGUGCUGAAUUCCACCUUGCCACCAGACAUGAUUGCCUACAAUAUCAUCUUCAUAAAUUCAAAAUUGUUCCUUCUCCGAUAUGUACUCUGUGCAGCUCUGGAAAGGUGA